GUUUCACCGUGAAAUAAUUCCGGUUUGUCCUCCUUGAGUGAAGGUGUACAGCGGUGACUCUGUGACGGUGGCAGUCUCUGAUUGUUAAUUGUUUUUUGCACAAUGUCGGGCCGUGUUCUUGUUGGAGUAAAGCGUGUCAUUGACUAUGCAGUUAAGAUUCGUGUAAAGCCAGACAACACUGGUGUCGUGACGGAUGGCGUGAAACACUCAAUGAAUCCCUUCUGUGAGAUCGCUGUGGAGGAAGCCGUCAAACUGAAGGAGAAGAAGCUUGUUAAGGAGGUUGUGGCUGUCAGCUGUGGGCCACAGCAAUCACAGGAAACCAUUCGUACUGCUCUUGCCAUGGGAGCUGACCGGGGCAUUCAUGUGGAAGUGAGCGGGAAAGAUUAUGAAUCCCUAGGACCUCUGCAGAUUUCUAAAAUCAUGGCUGCUUUGGCCAAAAAGGAAGAUGCUCAACUUAUCAUCCUUGGAAAGCAGGCCAUUGAUGAUGACUGUAAUCAGACUGGUCAGAUGACAGCCGCCUUACUGGACUGGCCUCAGGGUACCUUUGCAUCAGAGGUUACACUGGAAGGAGAUAAAAUUAAGGUGGUCCGAGAAAUCGAUGGUGGGCUGGAAACAAUAAAGAUCAACACACCAGCAGUGUUGACCGCAGACCUUCGACUCAACACCCCCAGAUAUGCCACCCUGCCUAAUAUUAUGGUGGGUAGCAGGAAGUUAUGUUCACAAAGACAAAAUAAAAUGCAAACAUUGUUUUUCUUUAGGCAAGCAGGCAUGAAGGUGGAGACAGUGGAAGACCUGGUGGGUAAACUAAAGGAAAUAGGAAAGGUAUAGAGGCUUCAAGAGGACAGGGGCACACAUCCCAACAGUGGACUCUGAUGAUUUAGGACUACACCACAUGUACAGGAACCAAAGGAGUUUAUCUAUCAGUCUUGUCCUUCUUGUUUGCAACUGUUGUUCCUGAGCAUGUGCAGUUGGUACUAAAAGAAAAAAAUGAAUACUGAGACUCACUGUCCUUCAGUCAUACUAUCCCGAAAAUAUAUUUUUUAUCUGUAUUUUAGCAACAAUAAGUGGUACAAUUCUAAGGAAACAGACUUUAUGCAAUAAAUUAAACUAGACUAAAUGUAAGAAUUGUAGGAUGCAUCUGAAAGUGACUCAACAUUAGCUUUUCAUCUUGCAAUGUAGCCACACAUGAUCAGAGGUGUAAAUGGUAUUUUGUAAAUAUGGACCCAAAUAUGUAGACGUCAUUUUUUCAAGAUCAUUUUUACUGCUGUCAUUAAUCUACAGAAGUAAUGUGUCUAGAACUUGUUUUUGGGACUGACUGGACAGUGUGUGUCAGCAUAUUCAGGCGGAGAUAAUAAAUCUGAAUUUUUACCGUAAGCGCCUCAAUUCUCUGUUGAUUGUACAGAAUAUCUCCAUGACAAUAAAGCAGCCAGUUUUUCCAUAUUCAA